AUGCUUGUGUCUAGUACAUACUCACCGCUCAUAGCCUUUGGUGUGGCAUUGUUGCCUGUAGGCACCGCGGCUUCUCCAUGGAGAUCCAACUGGCUGACAGGAAGCAACUUCGGAGUGCCUGGCACGAAUGCGACCUUUGAUUAUGUGGUUGUUGGUGGCGGUACUGCUGGUCUCACAAUCGCCACUCGUCUAGCACAAAAUGGCUCUUACUCGGUCGCAGUCAUCGAAGCCGGUGGCUUUUACGAAUUGGAGAACGGCAACAACAGCCAGAUCCCAGCCUUUGCAUUCCUGUCAACCAACACCGAUAGUCUUGAUGGCGUAAACCCAUUGAUCGAUUGGUUGUUUGAGACGACGCCUCAGCCUGGUGCUGGUGGGCGGGUGAUCCACUAUGCGCGUGGCAAGACUCUUGGAGGCACGAGCGCGAGAAACUACCUCAACUUCAAUCGUCCCACUAUCGGAGCAAUGCAGAAAUGGGCCGAUACCGUGGGAGACAACUCCUUCCUUUGGAACAAUGUUCUACCUUACUACAAAAAGAGCGUCCAUUUCACACCACCGAACAAGACGAGUCUCAACGCCAACACCACGAUCAACUACGAUCUCUCGGCCUGGUCUUCAGACGGCGGUCCCCUACAGGUCAGCUACCCGAAUUACAUCUACGCAGUAGGUAGCUGGAUGACCCAAGCAUUUGCACAACUCGGCAGCUACACGCUCAAUGGCUUCAACAGCGGUUGCCUAAUCGGAAGCUCCUAUACUUCCCAUACCGAGAACCCCGCAGACGAGACUCGAAGCUCCUCGCAAACCGCCUUCUUGACCCUCGCAAUGCAAGAAACGGACCUGAUAGUCUACACCCACACCCUCGCCAAGAAACUCCUCUUCAACAGCCAAAAGAAAGCGACUGGCGUCCUAGCCCAAGCCGGCGGCGUCAACUUCGCCAUCUCCGCCAAUAAAGAAGUCAUCCUCAGCGCCGGUACCUUCCAAAGCCCCCAACUCCUCAUGGUCUCCGGUAUCGGUCCCGCCUCAACCCUAAGAAACCACAACAUCUCCCUCCUCGCCGACCGCCCCGGCGUAGGCCAGAACAUGUGGGACAACGUCCUCUUCGGCGUAACACACGAGGUGAACCUCGAAACGACCUCGAUCCUAUCCUCCCCAGCCUACUUCGGCCUAGUGAACGACUACCUGACCAAGAAAACCGGGCCCCUGACCAACGUGGGCAGCGAUUGGAUCAGUUACGACAAGAUCUCCAACCAGACCUGGUCGAAUAUCUCGGCCUCGACACGAACGGAGUUGGCGUCGACUUUCCCGCCGGAUUGGCCAGAGGCGGAGUGGAUCGCCAACUCCCUCGCCACGGGCGGCGCGCCGGAUAACGGGAACUAUGCGACGCUAAGCUCUGGUCUCCUGGCCCUGGUCUCCCACGGCAACAUCACGAUCUCAAGCUCAGAUAUGGCAGACGCCCCCAUCGUAAACCCUAACUGGCUUGCCGAUCCAGUGGACAAGGAGAUAGCCAUCGCGGCCCUCAAACGCUCACGCCAAAUCUGGGCCACGCCCGCUCUCCAGAAAGUCAUUCUCGGGCCUGAACUCGCGCCUGGUGCGAAUAUAACCACUGAUGCGGAGAUUUUGGACUGGAUCGGGAAGAAUUUGCAGCUGCUUUAUCAUGCGGCUGGGACCUGCGCGAUGGGUAAGGUGAACGAUACGAUGGCUGUUGUGGACUCGGAGGCUAGGGUGAUCGGGGUACAGGGGUUGAGGGUAGUGGAUGCGAGCUCGUUUCCUUUUUUGCCACCGGGACAGCCACAGGCGACUAUUUAUAUGCUUGCGGAGAAGAUUGCUGAGGAUAUACUGUUUGGGAAGUCGUAA